UUCAAGAUGGCCGUCGCUCCAAGGAAGAAGGAAUGGGAGUAAAUUUUCUCGGAUUUUCGGUGUUAAUAACGUUGUCUAAAGCGCGAUCCUGAUUUUCGAAAGCUCUAAAGCUACAGAAACAUUAUGCCUAUCUGAUAGGUUAUACUCUGAAGCAGUUUUCAUGUUCUUAUUGAUGACUAUGAUGUGAUGAUUGACAAGUGACCCCCAUCGGCAUCUUCUCACUCGGCUGAAUCAAGAGGAUUGAAUAGUUUCCAAGAUGACGUAUGAUACAAUGGAUGAUGAUUUGCCUGAUCAGUCACAAGCUGAGGCCUUUUAUGCCAAGUAUGAGCCAAAGGAGAUUCUUGGAAAAGGAGUCAGCAGUACAGUCAGGCGAUGUGUUGAGAAAACGACCUCGAUUGAAUAUGCUGUGAAAAUCAUAGAUGUCAGUAUUGAGAGGAACACAGUUGACCAGGCAAAUGAUCUGCGCUUGACCACUCAUCGUGAAAUCAUGAUACUACGGAUGUGUGCUGGCCAUGAACAUAUCAUUGGGCUACAUGAUGUCUUUGAAUCAACUACUUUCAUUUUCCUUGUCUUUGAGCUAUGCAAGAAAGGUGAACUAUUCGACUAUCUAACAGAGGUGGUGACAAUCUCUGAGAAGAGGACUAGGAUGAUCAUGCGUGAGUUGUUUGAAGCGGUCGCUUAUAUUCAUGAGAAGAGAAUUGUGCAUCGAGAUCUGAAGCCAGAGAACAUACUGCUUGAUGAUGAUUUGAACAUCAAGAUAUCUGACUUUGGCUUUGCCAUUGCCUGCGAUGGACCUCAAGAUCUGACUGAAUUAUGUGGUACCCCAGGUUACUUGGCUCCAGAGGUGCUAGCUGUGUCGAUGUAUGAUGACGCACCUGGAUAUGGACAAGAAGUCGACAUGUGGGCCUGUGGAGUCAUCAUGUAUACACUACUAGUUGGUUGUCCGCCAUUUUGGCAUCGGAAACAGAUGUACAUGUUGCGGGCGAUCAUGGAAGGGAAGUACCGCUUUGGUAGCCCUGAGUGGGAUGAUAUCAGUGAACCACCAAAAGAUUUGAUCUCAAAGUUACUGGUUGUCGAUCCAUCUAAACGAUUGAAUGCCAUCGAGUGUCUUGAACAUCCCUUCUUCAAGAGAGAAGAGAAACCACAGAAAAAGGAGUUCUUCCCAAGAAGAACAUUCAGAGCUGCCAUAAUAGUUGCCAUGGCAACGUACAGAAUACAGAAAAGUUAUCACAACCCUCCACCGAUAUCAUUGGAGCAAAUGAAGAAGAAUCCGUACAGUUCAAAGGCAUUUAGAAAACUCAUCGACGGUUGUGCGUUCCGUGUUUAUGGCCACUGGGUCAAAAAGGGAGAGGAUCAAAACCGUGCUGCCCUCUUUGAGAUGCAGCCCAAAACAGACCUUCAGAGUCCCAUUGACAAUGGUCCUAGUUUUCAUAUAUGAUGAAAUGUUACUGCUAAGUAGGAAACAUUUAGUAGGACUUUCUCCCAGUUCUGGUCUCCAGAUGUGAUAUCGUCUACUCAUGGUGCUUUUGUUUUUGAUAUACCUAAGCUAGGUAGUACAACAGCUGAUUGAUACCAUAAACCGCCUGAUAUUUGCACCUCAUUAUAUUGGUGAUACGCCAAACUUUCCAAAAAAAAUGGAAUUGUUGUAAAUUUUGUUGUGGCGGUUUAUGAAUUUGCUUUCAGUUUUUCUCAAAUCAAAAAUAUUUUUUUGCAUUUUUUAUUUUGCUAUCUGUGUAGGUUAUUUGCAUGUUCUACAAAAAAAGUUAAAUUCUGGUAAAAAUUAACGGUUCACAUCAACUGUUCAAGUCACAAUGAAGUCCUCUUAGAGUGCCUUUGGGAGAAACAGUUGGUUUCUUGGCUGAAUGAAUUCUGUGGAUUCACUGCAAGGAUGUUUGUGCAAUGGAGGUCAAAUCAGUGGAGAAAAGAUGGAAAGGAAAAAGAAGACAACAGAUUCUUAGACUGUGAUUUCUCCCUUGACUUGACUGGCCUUAUUUCAGGCAAGUUACUCUCACAGAAGUCACAUUUGAAGAUUAUCACUAAAUUAGAGGAUAAUACUGUUGUAUAUGACACAGCUUUUGAGAAGCAUUUGUUGUAGAAUCCAGCUUUAUUUGUUUUUGUGGACAAAUUCAAACUCCAGAAAGCCAAAUACAGUCAACACACGAACAAUUCAUGUAACAGUUGUCAGCUAACCGAUACUCCAUUUCAUGAAAAAAUGGCACUGGGAAAAUUUCUCCGUAUGGCGAUUGAAAAGGCUUCAGGGACGAUCGAUAAACAUAAAGUGUUCUUAUCUCUCCAAUAAAAAUGGAACUUGACCUGAAUUCAUUCUCGCUGUGACUAAUCAUGUAAUCAUCUGCUCAAGUCCUGUUGUACAAAAAAAACCUUCAAUGUCUGAUUACCAAAAUGUUGCAAAAACCAUUGUCAUUUAGGAUUGCCAAGAUUUUGAGAUAUACUGUCAAACACAGAAAUAUUGGUGGCCAUUUCCUUUUGUGGUUUGUGAAAUUUCAACUUGACCAUACUCUUAAUUUAGCACUUUGACAGCCCCCUAUUAACAGUAAUUUCAAUUACUGGUAGAUUUUUUCUCCCGGCAAUAUAUUUUUGCGAUAAAAACAUGAAAAUAAAAUGCACGCAAAAGUUUCGAGAUUAACAGUAUUGGUGUUUUUUGGAAAUAUCCUUGUUUGUUUCUCCACAUUGCUUCCUAGUAUUUAUGUGGCUAAGUUUCAAGUGUGCAGCUACCUACGUUCAUUACUAGUUUUUCAAAUGCUAUUGUUAAUAUGUACAUAGUUUAUUUUUUUGCCACAGCGUAAAAUACUUUAAUCAUUUUAGUCCUUUUAUGCCUCGCUAAUUGAUGUGUGUAAAUUUAGUUUCAUGUGGAAUUAUUUCAUAUUUUUAGUUUUUCGAUCGGAGAGAAGACUUUUGUGUCUGAAUGCUUUGUAAAUGUUUUGUAAGUGUGGCAGUUUUUAUCCAGGCUCAAAGUUCUCAUGGUUCCCAGUUGCGACAUGUGCAUAGUUUUUUUACUGCAUUGUGCAAAAAGGAAUUUGAGCCGAGUGCCCUACUGUGUUGAAGAUGGUGUAAUGGUAGACCUACAGGGCAAUUGGAACUUUUAUGUGUCUAUAAGGAUGUUGAUAUCAAAUCCUGAAAUGCAUACUGACCCAAAAGAAUUACUUUUAUCCUACAUGUAUGAACGGAAUUUGUUUGGGUAAAUUUGAAAAAUUGUGCUAUUAGAAAUUUAGGCCCUUCUCCAUAGUAGUUGACUAAAGAUUGGGUCAAAAGUAGCGUGUGGUGAAGCUUUCAGUGCUCGUAAUCCAUACCUAUCCCAGUCAUGGGGUUUGAGUCAUAGGGGCAUUCUAUACUUGCAUCACAUAUGCUGUCAGCAUCACCCUUUCAUCAGCUGCACAUGUACCUUCUUUGAUGUCACCGUCCAUAAAGUCACAGUCGUUGGACAGUGAAGAUCAAAAAGAUCACAACAUUACCAAAAUAUUAUGUCGUACAUUUUACAAACUUAGACAGAAGGUAACAGCUGUCGAACGCAAAAAGGCAAAAGCUGUACAUGUAUGUAUAGCAUUUUCUUCAUGGUUGUAAUUCUGUUUUGUCAUGGUACCAUAUCAUUACUAUCACAACAACUUAAAUUACAAGAUGGGAUAUGAUUCUAAACUGAUUCCAAAAUAAGCACAAGUAAAACUAGAGGAUGAGAUAAGAUUCUGAACAGAUGCCAAAAUAAGCACAAUGCGACAUUGCCCUAAAAAUUGAGUUGCUGCCUUUUUACAUUGGAUGGCUUGUCUAGCCUUUUUGGGCUGAAAUUCUGUGAUGUUCAGUAUGUGCUGUCUAAUAUCGCAAGAUCAUGUCUGAUAAGUUGAAGAAUUGAUAUGUUUGUAUUUGUAAAUGUUUGUAUUUGUAAAUGUUUGUAUAAAGUAAGCACUAUUUAUUACGGUUUUGUUUUUGGUAGAAAUGUACAUAGAUAUUGUCAUUUUCGAAUGAAUAUGGCUUGGAAUGUUGCCUAUAGUCCCCCCUUAACCAUUAAAUUUUAAGAUCCAGAUGA